GCUGCGUUACUAAUCCGACGGUCGACGAGCCAUCCGUCUGCACAUCGCUUGAGGGUGUGCUGUGUUCGCGGGAUCGCCCCUGUGUAGCAAGUUUCGGAAGCGUUGAAAGCUGUCAUCACUACGACGAGGGCGGCACAAACGCGGCGAAUACACCGCACUUCUCCUGCGAUGUGCCCGGCCGGCGGGUGGUCCACUGCAAGAGCUAGCGCUGCGACGUGAUCUCAGCUGAGCCAGAGGAUUGGAGGGAGCACCAUGUUUGCUGGCCAGCCCAAGUCCGCUUCCAAGGAGCAGUUCCUCGAGCAGGCCAAGGCAGCACGCAUUGAGCGGGCCCACGAGCGCCGGCGAGACCAGGCGGCCUCUGCCAUCCAGGCCGUCAUCAGAGGCUUCCUGGUUCGGCAGCGGCUUCGGACCGAGUUUCGGCGAGAAUUUGACUCCGUCCUCAGGGAUGGUGAAGGGGAAGAGCCCAACGUGCCGGUCUCCACAUCAGCCCUGGAUGUCUUCCGUGCUUCCCGAAAGUUCCUUUUUACAUUCCACCCCAAGGUCGACAAGGAGAGGUUUGAAAGGUUAUGCCGGUACAUCAUUGCCAGCAUGGAUGCAGACACGUUACAGGAGAGCUACGUGUCAGUAGCUUUGAACAAGGAGGAUACAGUGCUGUGGAUUCAGCAACUCAAGGGAAUCCUAGGCAACUGUUGUGGCUAUCUCAAGGAGGUCCGGCCGGAGUGCCCCCAGGAUGCCAAAUCGCUGAUGCUGCACUUGCACGUGCUCGUCACCUUCACAAGCACGUCAUCGUGGAAGGUUCUCAAGGACAAGACAUGCGAGCCCCUGCGGCCGGUGCUGAGCCAGCUGUGUGCCAGCGUGGGCUCCCACCUGGUGGGCAAGGGCAGCCUGUAUGGAGCCCUGCAAGCUCUGCUGCUCAGAGGCCUGGCCAGAGCCAAGCCGAGCCUUAAGAGGGCGCCACUCGUGGCCACCAUCAACUUGGCGCUCAGGCCUCUACUAACUGGGCAGUUUUCAGAAGACCUGAUGAACCUGUUCCUGUUGCACAUCCUCUCAGUGCCUGCACUCAUACACCACCUGCUGAACAUCGCCCCAGAGGCGGUGACGCUGUUGAACUCGCACGGCCUGUUCCGCCGGAGCCUGGACAUCCUGGUGGUGGAGCAGAACAUGCGCAUCCUCUUCAACGCCCUCGAGGGGAACUACGCCCUGUGCCUGCUCGCAAACCUUGUGCACCUCGCCUACCUCAACAUUGAGAACCUGAAUUCAAGGCUGCUUGACUUUGUGCAUGUGUCCACCAAGCUGCUUGAGAGCUGCCAGAAGUACGUGGUGAACAAGCGCUCCAACCUGACCCACUGGCACCCCAUCCUAGGCUGGUUUGCCCAGAGCAUUGACCACGGCCUGCACGAGUCCCUGACCUUUGUGAAGCAGCAGCUACAGCUGCUAUGGUGUGGGCCACUGGUCAAGGUCCUGUUCAGCCCGCUGGCAGAAAUGCUGGCGCAGAAUGACAAUUCCUCCUCGGCGGCAGCACCGACGUCCCAGAGUCCGCAGCCAGACGCGCCCUCCAAUGUCCCCAACUCUCCCGCCAGUGCCAGCGCCUCGAGCCUGCUGAAGAAGGCCCUAGAGCGUGCAUCGUCGGCACGGACGUGCAGCGUGCAGUACCGACGUCUCGGAAGCCCAGAGGUUACUGCAGUGGCCCUCACCUGCGCCCUCUUUGAGACUGCCCUCGCUGGACUUACCCAACUGCGCCUGGACAUACUGACUGGGCUGUGCCACCAUGAAUGGGUGCUGUGCCAGCUGUGGCAGCUGAUCCGCAGCGUGGGGCCCGCCAGCGGGGUGCGUGCUUUCCUCGACCUGCUGGCCUUCACCACCAAGCCCAGCGGGCCGGAGUUCCGGUUGCUGGUGCUCUUCUGCGACUGUGCCACUCACCUGGUCACCAUCCUGGAUGAUUUGGAGCUGUAUGAGCAGCAGCGACCUUUCACCCUGGACGACCUGGUGGCCAUCUCGGCCUUCCUCAACACGUUUGUCUUCCGCCUAGUCUGGAACGGGCUCAUUGAUUUAAAAACGGUGAACACAAACCAGCUGUUCUGCUCGUGCCACACGCUGCUGAUGCUGCUGUACAAGCGCGACUGCCGGCGCAGUUAUACUCCGGCGGACCACUGGCUCAUCAAGGACGUGAAGGUGAGCACAUUCAUGGGUGACCUGGAGAAGGGCAAGAAGGCAGCGCAGGUCCUGCUGCAAAAGGUGCCUCACAUCAUCCCACACAAAGAGAGGGUGGUCUUGUUCCGCAAGUAUGUGACCAACGAGAAGGCGGUGUUGGGCCUCACCGAGUCUGCCUGCGCACUGUCCCAGUCCACACUCAUCACUGUGCACAGGACACGUAUCGUCGAGGAUGGCUAUCAACAGCUGGCCAUGCUUCCUCCUCAAGGCCUCAAGGGUGUCAUCAGGGUGCGCUUCAUCAACGAACAGGGGCUAGAUGAAGCAGGCAUUGACCAGGACGGUGUGUUCAAGGAGUUUCUCGAGGAGACGAUCAAGAGGGUCUUCGACCCUUCCCUCAAUCUAUUCAGGGCCACCUCUGAGCAGAGGCUAUACCCAUCGCCCACAUCAUACAUCCACGAGAAUCACCUGUCCCUAUUCGAGUUUGUGGGCAAGAUGCUAGGAAAGGCUGUCUACGAGGGCAUAGUGGUGGACGUGCCGUUUGCUUCCUUCUUCCUGAGUCAACUGCUUGGCCACCAGCACAGUGCCCUGUACAGCUCCAUUGACGAGUUGCCCUCGCUCGACGCAGACCUCUACCGGAGCCUCACUUGCGUCAAGCACUACGAAGGGGAUGUGCAGGACCUGGACCUGACCUUCUCUCUCAACGAGGACUGCAUGGGCAAGCUGGUGACCCACGAGCUGGUACCAGGCGGCAAGGCCAUACCAGUCACAAACGAGAACAAGAUCAGCUAUAUGCACCUGAUGGCCCACUUCCGGAUGCACUCCCAGAUCCAGGAGCAGACGGCAGCCUUCCUGCGCGGUUUCAGGGCCCUCGUGAAUCCCGAGUGGCUGACGAUGUUCUCGACACCCGAGCUGCAGCGGCUCAUAGCGGGCGACAACACUCCUGUCGACCUGCAAGAUCUCAGGAGGCACACCAAGUACUUUGGGGGCUUUCACAACAACCACCGGUUGGUCAACUGGCUCUGGGACAUUCUCGAGCGCGACUUCACCUCGGAGGAACACCACCUCUUUCUUAAGUUUGUGACGAGUUGCUCGAAGCCUCCCCUUCUGGGUUUUGCCCACUUGGAGCCGCCAUUUUCCAUUCGUUGCGUUGAGGUCAGCGAUGAUCAGGACACGGGAGAUACCAUCGGGAGCGUCAUCCGAGGCUUCUUCACCAUACGCAAGAAGGACCCCGUCAACCGCCUUCCUACUUCGUCGACCUGUUUCAACCUGCUCAAGCUGCCCAACUAUCAGCGCAAGAGCACGCUUCGAGACAAGCUUCGCUACGCCAUCACGAGCAACACGGGGUUCGAGCUCUCCUGAGGGCCGCUCAGCCCGCCCCCCAUCUUUCUCCCAUUUUUUGUCGCACGCUGCACGACGUCCGCCAGGUCUGUUUAUUCCGGGUGCUUGAAGGGAGCAGCACCCCACACGUCUUAUGAUGUCGACCAUGUAUGCUCCCUUUUGGGUGUUUAAAGGGCGUACUGUUAGCCUUCAGCAUGCUCUUACAAAAUGUGCUCCGUUUUGACUCUUCCAAAGGUGCACCAGCAUGACCUGCCCUUUGGUGUGAACGAAACCAGUUUCGUUUUGGGUGCUAGGAGGGCACAGCUAGUCUUCCUCGUCUGCUGGUCCACCAGAAUGCUUUGGCAGCUUGCUCUAAUUUUUAACGAGGCUAACUGCCUUGGAGUCCAGCAGACUCUUGCAUGCUGUUCUGGCUGCUGUUGUGCCUGAAGCUGUUUUUAUUUCGGGCCUUCGAAAACACGAGAUGUGCAUUUUAUUGUUUAGCCUGCAUUGAAGUGUGAUAAACAUUUUUCUUUUGUUCAGUGUCUUCCUUUCAUUUUUUUAACCCCAUCGGUGGCUGACAGUGGCGGGAAAGGGCAGGCCAAGCAAGUUUUUUUCUUAUUCUCGGCGUGUCUUGCUCUUCUGCUUCUUCAGAAUCUCUUGCAUAUUUUACCUUUCUUUCAAUCUCGCCUAUUCGGUCAUUUGAUCAUUGAGUUGAACGAACCUGACUUUGUACUCACAUGCUCAUGGAUGCUAUUCAUUUACUCUUGAUACAUGUUUGUCACAUUUCUUUCUUUCAUAAACCAAAGUUGUCAUACUUUAGCUCAUGGUUGCCAGGGUUGGAGCAGCAGAGAUGCCAUACUCAUCGCAUCAAAUUUGAGGAAGGAAUGGAUUCUCCCAGCCUUCAUCAUUUUACAUAGAGGAAAUGAGUGUAGUCUUUAAUAUUCAAUAAUGAGCCAGGUAUCUCUGCUGUUAAGAAGUGUCGAAAGUUAUAGAGUGAAUAGGUUUCGUCUGUCAUUUGAUAUUGGUUGCACAGAUGCAGUAGAGUGCGAACCGCAUUCUUCUCUGGUAGACCACGUCACAUCCUCUCCGCCCCGGCUUCAUUUUUUCUUACUCACAACUGUCGUUAGCCUCCUACUCGAAGUACACCGCUGUUGACUUAGACUGCACCAAUUGUCGCGGAAUAGCAUUGCUAUGAGUUUCUGUGCAUUGACAAGUUCUGCGCUUUGUUGUCGAUUUUAACUGUGAGGAAUGAUGUGUAGUCUUGACUUUAGCCAGACUGGUUUAGAGUCUGGAAGAGCAGUGUGCAAUGGUCGGAAAACAAUAUAGUUAACACAUGUUGAAAGGCAUGCCAGAAUUGUUAAAAAAAAAGCACAAGGUUUUAUAUAAUGUAAUUUCACUUCUGUACUUUAAAUAUUUCCAGUGUCUUUUUCUUUUGUAUUUUCUUCUUUUUUUUUUUAGUGCAUGCAUGUAUGUUCCUGGCCCCUUAGAAGUGAGCAAUGUGGGAUCAGGCAUAGCUGAACAAGUGAUUAUUACACUGCCAGCGAGGCUUUUUCUUUUUGCUUAGUGUGUUAGCAUUAGGAGUGUCAAAGUGGAGAAAAGUGCAUGUGAAGUGUAGGAAACCGGUCACGUGGUUGAGGUAUAUAUAAAUUAUAUAUAUACAUAAAUGAGAAGGGAAACAGAGGGGCUCGAUUUUUUGUUAAUCACGACCAUAUAAAGCCAGCAGGCAAUGAAGCCAAGGGAAGCAUAGCGGUAAUUAGCUAUGGUUGAAAUUAAAAUUUGGAAAAUAAAGAACAUAAGGGAAAUGAAAGUGGAUGUCGAAAAGUUAACUUGUUGCUGGUGGGGAUCGAACCCACGACCUUUGCAUUAUGCAAUUGGUACUGCAUUGCUUGUGUAAUGCUAAGGUUGUUCACUCGUCAUCAGAGGCAACAAGUUAUCUUUUCGUCCACUUUCAUUUCCCUUUUCAUUUUUUUAUGCGUUUCACUUUCAACCACACCCAAUGACUCCUACGCUUUUCUUGGCUUCAUUGCCUGUUGGCUUUAUUAUAUAUAAUGCAGCUCAUGUUGGUCUGUCUGGACUAUCGUCAGUUGCACUUCACUCCUUGAAUAGGCAUGACGUGUGUCGAGUGAGCGCCUAAAGAACACUUUGAAAUGUGGUGAAUGCAGUUUAAAUCAUAAAUCCACGUCCUCAAAGAUGUGCGACGUGAUGCUAUUGCAUAUCUCUCACAUUUACCACUAGAAAUAGCACCUGAAUUUUUUCCUAAUUCGUUCCUUAACACCACAAAUGUGCCCAUUUCUUGUGCUUUUAUGUCUUAUCUUUUUAUAUAAUGACCAAUUAGCCAGGAUUGCUCAUAAUAGGUGACUUCCUAAACAUAUCGGCCACGACGUGUUUCUGGCUCUGCACUUGCUUCCAACGCAUGCAGCCCGCAACAGCAUAGCCUUCGAGAUUAUUUUAUUUCGAGAGCAAUUAUAUGGACACCCCUGGUGUAUUUCCGCCAUCGGCGUCGUCGUGAUGUUCCGUAUAAAGUCCAAGUGCAAUAACAUUACAGCCACGCUGUGUAUGCUGUGGGUACGAGCGAAAGCGUGCCAGGGUGAGCCAAGGAUGGUGGCUUAAUCUAGCGUGCGCAAGGAAGGGAAGCAGGGAGGAAGCAUGCCAUGGUUUCAUUGUGUGCAAGGCACUGGGAGGUGGGGAGGACGUUUGACUCCAGCGGCGGCGGCGCAUGGCGCGGCUGAGCACGGCCACUCGGGCUCUAUUUUGGAAGCGAUCUGCAGUGGGUACAGAGCUUAAGCACACCAAGGGCUGAUAGCUUCGUGUGUGCUGUGUUCUCGCCGCUUAGUUUGCGUUCAAGCCAGAGGCAGCACGAAGGGCAAUUCGCUCGCUGCUGCUUCCGCUCGUCCUCAUGCCAGUAUUUUGAGAGCGAGUAUCCGCGGUCAUCGAGUGAGAGGUGUUCAUGCCUCUCACUCAGUUUAAGUCAGUUUGCCUGCGCACACGUAGCACCAUUCUUGUUAAUGUACUUAGGAAGCAAAUGUUUACACGUUUAUAUGGCUGAUAAAGCUAGUAUCCUUACUUCGUAUAGCUGUCUAAUAAUUUUCUAUCGCAAUCGAUGCUUCAACUUUUAGGCGAAAGUGCAACUUUUUUUUGUUACUCUGAUUCGGCUGCUGGCUGCUGGAUUUCAACAGCAUCUAUGUGCUGUCGAAGCACUGUUGGAUAAAAGCAACUUACUGUGAGAGAAAAUAAGGUUGCGCUCGAUGUUAGAUGAAGAUAAUAAUCAAAACAGUGCACAUCAAUAAAUAAGCGCAGAUGUCGGAGCAAAACAUUGCAUAACACGACAGCAGUGUGUGCGUAUUCACUGCUGCUGUCAUUUAAGAACUAUGCAGCCAAGUUCACGAAAGCGCACAUUUUGUGUUGUUUUAUUGGCGCAAUUUCUGUGGCUUAUGUAAAAUUCUUUUAUCACUUACUGUGUUCCUACUGUGUUAGUACAGUUAAACCUCGAUAUUACGAACUUCAAUUUAAUGAAAUUCUCGGUAUAAUGAAGUAUUUAACUUUUCGUAACCUCUUGUCCAUAGAACCUCAAUAUAAUGAAGUGUGUUAAUACGCAAUUUCAAUAUAACUAAAUUUCACUGCGGCCGCAAAGGAAUACUGAAACAGUAAAUGGAAACUUCCGUGGACGUAGAUGGUCAAAUGAUUCAGUUACAAGUGGCUGCUUGCAAACGCACCUCUCAAAUUGCCCGCCACGCGACUAGAGUGACCGCCCAACUGUAGCCACAUCAUGUUCCAUAUAAGGUCCAAGUGCAAUAAGAUCCUAUCUCGUCCCGCGCACUGUGUGCUUUAGGUGCGAGUGAAAGCGUACAAUCAUUGCAUUCUACCAGUGCUAAUAUAUGGGGCAGAAACUUGGAGGUUAACAAAGAAGCUCGAGAACAAGUUAAAGACCGCACAAAGAGCGAUGGAAUGAAAAAUGUUAGGCCUAACAUUAAGAGACAGGAAGAGAGCGGUGUGGAUCAGAGAACAAACGGGGAUAGCCGAUAUUCUAGUUGACAUUAAGCAGAAAAAAUGGAGCUGGGCAAGCCACGUAAUGCGUAGGAUAGAUAACCGGUGGACCAUUAGAGUUGCAGAAUGGGUACCAAGAGAAGGGAAGCAUAGUCGAGGACGGCAAAAAACUAGGUGGGGUGAUGAAGUUAGGAAAUUUGCAGGUGCAAGAUGGAAUCAGCUAGCACAAGUCAGGGGUAAUUAGAGAUCACAGGGAGAGGCCUUCGUCCUGCAGUGGACACAAAUAUAUAGGCUGAUGAUGAUGAAAGCUUGCGAGGGUGAGACAAGAAAGAUGGUGGCUUCACGAGUUCCGCCUUCCCGCGUGAGCAAAGGGAAAGAGUGGGAGGGGAGCAAGCUUGCGGCAACGCGACCAAGUGCGCGCAGGGGACGGGGGGUAAGUUGGAGCACGUAUCGAUAUGUGGCGUGCGUCUGGGCCGUGGCUGCACAUGGCUGUAAGUGCGGCCGAGCGCAUCCGCAGCCACACACCCUGCUUUAGAGGUAAUCUGCCGCGUUUGCAAAGAGUGGGUGUGCCGAGAUGGAAUGGCAUCAUGUAGGCUGUCUUCCCAUGCAUUUAGUAUUGGCGGUUGCUUAAUCUUCAGUUUCGGAGACCCAUUGAAGCGACAGGAAGAUGAAGCAUUCGCUCCCCACUGCCGGCGCUUUUCAUGAUAGCGUCGUCCCAGUGCGGGCGACACUGUGAGCCGCGGGGGAGGUGUGAACGCGAAACUGUGGCUGGCUUCGUUUAGUUCGUACCGCCAAUGUGAAGAGAAUGUCAACGUGGCAUGAAACUGUGUCAUUCAUCGCCGAGUCCCAAAUUCAACAUGAUAAACUGUUUUCUCAUUCAAAUUUGCUUGUUUCAAUCGCCCAAUAUUUUGGAGAAUUUUGCAGCCCCUUUCCGCGUUAGAAAAAUUUAUCAGCGACUGUACUUAUUUGCAUAAAAAAUAUAAUUUCAAUAUAACAAAAUUUCGAUAUAGGCAAGCAAAUUGUCUAUUUUAUCGACUUCGUUAUAUCGAGGUUUAACUGUACUGUGAAUAGUGCACAGUGUGCUGACUUAGUGCUUUGAAUGUAUGGCUAAAACUCAUGUUAGCGAUGAGAAUACACGAGCCAAUUUUUUUUUUUUUUCCCGCGAACUGUUUUGAAAUCUGGCCUGUCAUGACCCACACCCAUGCUCUGCAGGGGCAAAUCUUGAGAUACGCUCUGAUCGUGUAGCACAUUCUAGGCAAGUGUAGUUGGCCAUAGCAGUGACAGUACAGACAGUGAGAACUGUGAAGUCACAGUGCAUACAUGUUGCAUCCUUGUUUCUUGUAUAUCGCAGAGUGUCAUAGAUCACAAGAAAAAGCACAACUGAAAUAUAUCUGCAUUGGUCACAGGUGUUCAUGAUCAUGUGCAGCGUGGCUUUUUGCAGGCAAAGCACGUGACUUGUUAACAGUGUUUAAAAGGGUCCCCAAGGCGCGUUUAUUCAGGACUGACGCUUUUCUAUUCCCGAGGCUUUCCCUCUCCUCGUUGCAUCAUUAAAAUGCAGCGGCAUAGUAUGGUUGCUCUACGAUCAUCAUAACCGGCCCUAGUCUGUUGUAUUGCUGCCCUGCACUUCAGUCAGCUGACCCACAGAAUCAUGGUACAGCAAUAAUGCUGCACUAAAGUAUUAUUUGUCAAGCACAACUACUGACAGCAUAGUCGAACCAGUCGUGCAUAGUCACAUGCCUUUAUUAUCGUUUUUGCGAGCACUCUGAUGUCCUCAUAGAGAGAAAGCCGUCCUGUGCUGGUUUCCCUUUUUCAGCAAUGCAACAGAAGUAACUUGGUAUAACAGACGUGACAAGAAAUGGGGCAGAAUGUUGGGGUGCAGGAAACAGUGGACGAGCCUUGCUUCAUGGCCCCUUCAGGGGUGUGGGUGCCUAACUGUUGAUCGUCACACGAGUCAUAGCAAUACUUGGUCACCAGUGUGUGAGGGAAAAUAUUUGUAUGCCUACAUGUGCAGCGUAAAACAUCUUCACAAGUUUCACCUAAGUACACUGUUUUCCAGUGUUUGUUAUGCCAACUGUAGAAGUGCUGCAAUAGCCUGUUAAUUAGGGGCAUUCAUUUAUUCAAAACCUAUUAACAAAUAAAGUAUUGCCCCAUUUGAGUCAGUCCCCAAGUGGAAUAAUCACUGUGUGCAAAUUUGAAUAUUUUUUAGUACUGUUGGAAUACUUCACAUCAAGUGUGUAGGUUGAAAUUUGAAAACAAAACAAAAUGCCAUAACUCAUCACCCUAGCUGGGAUGAGAGACAUGGGCAUUUUGUUUUAUUUUCACGUAAUAGAGUAUUCUGCAUUACUGUAGACAUUUCUGACUAGUACGCUGCUAGAUAAUUAACACUUAAAUUUUGAUGAUACACAUUUGGCAGCGGGCCUCAUUUGGUGCUAUUCACGGGCAGUGCACCUGUGUGGUCUGUCUGCAAUAAAUUGGAGUUGUGCACAGCAUUAGUUGAUGUAUGACAUAAGAGUGGCACUAACUGUCACAACUAUUCCUACCAACAACCCACUGCAUUGGCUAUGGCAUUGUGCUGCUGAGGUUAAGUUCACAGGUUGAAAUCCCGGCCACGCAGGCUGUGUUUCAGUGGGGGCGAAAUGCAAAAACACCCAUGUGCUUGGAUUUAUGUGCACAUUAAAGAACCUCAAGUGGUCAAAAUCAAUCUGGAGCCCUUCGCUACGGUGCCUUUCUUAUCCCCAGUGUUGUCUUGAGACGUUAAACUACAUGAAUCAAUCAAAUCAGCUAUUCUAACCAGAAAGAAAAGAAAUCUGUGCUUGUUGCUUCGCUGUUGCUGCAGACGCGUGUUUCCUAUUUAGUCUCUGCGGCAAGCAUUGGUGCUGACCAGCUCAUGAGACUGUCUUGGUAAACUUCAUCCAGAUAAUGCAUGACCCCAUAUGCUUCCAGGAGGCCUCCUUAUGUUAUCAAAGUACUUAUGCGUUUGUUGCUAUGCAGCCUCAGUGCUAUGCUUCAUGUUCUGCAUUUUAAUGGCAGAGCCUUGCUAACAUUCUAAAUACUAGGAUAUGAGCUUCGAUUUAUAUUCAAGAUUUAUAAAAAAAAUGCUUGUGUUCAAUGUUUGGUUCCCUUUCACUUGCACUAGUAUAUGUGGUGUCUAGAACAUGGGGGAAUUGACGUGUUUCCAGCUCCUGAAAUCACUUCCGGCACAUGCUGCCAGCAAAAGCACAGCCUUCGAGAUUGGGUUUUGCGCUGAGAUGGAGCCAUCACUGGGAGGCAUGGAUUUGGAGACAACCUAUCACUAACAUUUAAUUCAUUUUCAAAAAUUACCGUUUGCGCAGCUCUGCCAUCAACGCAUUGCAAGCACUGUGACCAGUUAAUCACCUUUGACAAGGCUACUGCAAAAGGCAAAGCUAUUCACCUAGCAUUGAUGCUUAAUAGAGUACUGUCUGCUUCAAUCCAUUUUGAAUGCAUAGUACCUGAGUCAGCUGAGAACCUCUUCCCAGUGGCAUAUACUUGCAUUUUUUAUUAAACAUAGUGCGAUUAUCUUCUAGUAAGCUUUUUCAGCCAAGCGCAUGGGUGCUUUCUUUGAAAGUGCUAAUUACUCCUGUGAAGACGCAGUGCGGAGCAAUGUUACCUCCUUUCAUCCUUUCUGUAUCAGUAGCCAGCUUAAGAAAAGGACAGUAAUCAGUAGCAGGAGUAAUACAUGCAUGCGAUUUUCUAAACAGUAUCAUUUCAAAGGUUCAUACCUUCGUCCUUCACUCGCAGAUGUCUUUAAUAUUUGUGUCCACUGUCUUGCUGGAAGCACUCAACAUUUUCGAAGACACCCGUGUAAUUGUGGAAAGGUCACUACAGCACUUGUGUGUUGUACAACAUUACAGUGUGUUGUAGUAUGAUAGAUGUUGAUGUAGAUAAACUAGCAAAGAAAAUGGGCAGAAAGCCACACAUGAGCUCUUUUACAAGCAGCGCCCUCUCGGCCGAGAAGACAUUUUCCUGGCCUCAGUGCACUCUACAGCUACAGAUGGCAUUGCAUAAUGAGUGACAGUCUUGGUAAAAAUAUGAGGCCAUGUUGCACGACCAAAGCUAUUUGUUGUACGGUAAGCAGGCCACAUGCACAAGAAACCCAUGUCUCCAUUUAGCGGUGCCACUGGUUCUCAUGGUUUGAUUUAUAUCUGUGUAUGUGACAAUACAUUUUUGUAAUGGCUAGAGCUACCAAUUCCUUGCCCUUCGAAGUCAAUGUA